UUUCGGCCUCUGGUGGUCGCAAGUCAUACAGGAAAAGGCAGGGGACGGCGAAAAGUUACGUUUCAAACUCAAAAUACACUUAGACUACUUCAGUCGAGUACAUUCGGAGAUCACUGUACGCUAUUUCGCCAUUACUUUAAUCAUCAGUCACUCGUUGAGAAUUAUACAGUCCUGCUUUUGUAUCCGCUGUCAAACACGGCGCGCUUGAAACUGUCUCCACUUCCGCGUGCAAUGUUUUUUUCCAACGACCUACGAAACGAUUACUUUAGAUCAGGAAGCCUUCAUGGGCGCUUGUCCCUUCACCUCACCUUUUAGAAGGAGCUUGCUUAACCAGUGUUGGCCCACCCAAAAUCAGCAUGGAUUUCGAAGACGCCCAUAAUGGGCGUGGGCUGUCAGGUGCUCAGUGUUCGAAUCCAGCCAUGAAUAUAAUUGGAGCAGAGGAUGAAGACUUUGAGAAUGAUGAGCAACCUAAUAUUGAUGAUCACUUCAGUUACUUUAACAGUAUUGAACUGUUGAAGUACAAGCCCACCCACUUGCUGGCCUUCAUUCACCAUGUCAUGCUACAGUUUGACUGCGCUCCUGUGCUAUGCUACCUUCAUGCAGACCUCUUCAAGAACUUCAAUGCCAAAGACACCAAGAAACACUUUGGGGAAUUCUACAACACUUUCCUGGAUAAAGGAGCGAUUCUCAGAGUAUCAGUGCCAAACACCAUAGUCUUUGAACUGGAUCGCACGCGUCCAGACAUGAUCAGUGAAGAACAACAAAAACGUUACGUUUAUGAAGUUCAGCUCAUGCAGGCUCCAGAGGUACGGCGACAGCUGGAGGACUUCAGGCAAAAAAGGAUGAUGGGAAUGACUCCUAACGAUUGUGAGCUACAUGAUGUGGAAUCGCAUCGGCCCACUGAUCGCAUCCCCAUGGAGAUGAAGGAGAAGGCUGUAGCAGAAACCAUGCUGGAAAAGAUGUUUGAGGCCAACCCCUCAAUUGUUGUUGACAAGGACAAAAGUAACGGCAUCUUUGGAGCAUUGGCCUUGUAUAUGAAGCACCUUGGUGUCAAGACCAGAGCACUUGACAACAAGAAGUCUAAAUCAGGAUGGCGUCCAUCUGUCCCUUCUGUGUUAAAGCCAUGGGGAGGUAAACCAGUCAAACCAGGCAAACCAGUUCCACCUGAUGGUAAGCAAACUAGGUUGGACAUUGAAGUAAAGCCCUCUAAACCAAGUUUCCCACCUCAAGUUGCCGGGAACGAUGGCAUCUCCCCUGCAGGCCGAAAGUCUAUUGGGGGAGGGUCAGGUAGCAUCCAUGGCUCAGAGAGCAGUGAAGGGUCGACCAUCAGUGUCAGCAUCACUACCAGCCCUGACUCUCAAAGUGGGAUGGGUGUCAGCAACAGUCGCUCAGACCCCAAACCAAUGCCAGAGGUGGGAGAUGUUUCUCCUGUUAUCAUUGGUGUGGGUCUCCCUAUUUUUGAACCUCCAUCUGACAUCCCUCCAGAGGACAGUCAGGAGAGUGUCAGAAAGAAGACAAGGAAUGUGCGGCGCAGCGAGAGCCUUUGUGUGGAGCGCCGUCACUCCCGCCGUGGUUGCUCCACCCGGGCCAAGCAGUCUCGGUCACGUAGCGACGUGGACCUGCAGUCAACCUCCACCUCCCAUCCCCCCUCACCCUCCCCACAGCACUCAGUCUCUGUGGAAGGUGGAUUGUUGCCUGAUGGGCUCAUUGCUGGUCCUGUCUUUGGCCCUAUCCAGUCGCAGGAGGAGAUAGAGCCCCGUCUCUUGGAGCUUGAGCAGGACCCGCCCAACUGGAGAGAAAUUGCUUCCAGUGAGAAUCUGGGCAAACUCGGCAAGAAGGAGACCAAAAGACAAGAAGUCAUUAAUGAGUUGUUUGCGACAGAGCAUGCUCAUGUCCGUAUGCUGAGUGUAUUGCAAACAGUGUUUUUUCGUCCACUGGAGAGAGAACAGAUCAUAAGCAAGGAUGAGCUGAAUAUCAUCUUCCCAAACCUUGAUGAGAUCAUAGAAAUGCACUAUGCUUUCUUUGAGAACCUGAAAAAACUGCGCCAGGAAGACAAAUACAUUGUCAAAACCAUAAGCACACCACUUCUAAACAGGUUCAGUGGAUCAGAAGGGGAAUGGUUUCAGAAACUCACUGCACGUUUCUGUAGUCACCAGUCCUGGGCUCUGGAGCAGAUAAAGAGCAAACAGAAGAAGGAUCCCCGAUUUAAUGCUUUCAUACUGGAAGCAGAAAGUAAGCCACAGUGUAGGAGGCUACAGCUGAAGGAUAUCAUCCCCAUAGAGAUGCAAAGACUCACUAAGUAUCCUCUUCUGCUGGAGAACAUUGCCAAGAACACAGGGGAUGACACAGAAAAAUCCAACAUUAGCCAAGCAGCAGAGUGCUGCCGUAAGAUCCUCAACCACGUCAAUGAAGAAGUCAAACAUAUGGAGAACCUGCUGAUUUUGAAAGACUACCAGCGCAGACUGGACACCUCAGGACUGAAGCCAAGCAAUGACCUCUACACUGAGUACAAGAACAUUGAUCUGACCUCCAGGAAUAUGCUGUUUGAAGGGCCUCUGACAUGGAAAGUGACCAAGGAGAAAGCGAUCGAUGUGCACUGUGUGUUGCUGUCAGACUUGCUGGUCUUGCUGCAGAAGCAGGAUGAUAAGAUGGUUUUGAAGUGUCAGAGCAAAAGUAACAUUGCCGUUCAGGAAGGUAAACAGAUGCUGAGUCCGAUCAUCAAACUGGAGUCUGUUUUUCUCAGAGAAGUAGCCACUGACCCAAAGGCCCUCUACGUCAUCUUCACCUGGGACAGUGGAGCACAGAUCUACGAGCUAGUGGCUCAAUCUGUCGUGGAGAGAAAAAAUUGGUCAGAAGUGAUUAAGUCUGCAGUUGAUGAGCUGAAGAAGAGAGGAGGGAACAAGCUGAACAGAAAAAGACCUGGCAGUGUACCUACCAGUGUCAUUGGACCUGGAUACAGCACAAAUUUUAAUCCCCCUCUUAGCCCCACUGAGAAUGGAGGAGACUUGUUGAAAGUUCGCAGCGGGCGAUUUAAGGACAAUCUUGCUGAUGAGAAAGUUAGAGAUUCUGGUCCUUCACUCAUAGACUACCUAGCUGCCAAUGGAUUUGACCUGCUCACCCACAGCCACACACCUCCAGAGAAGUCGGCUAUUGGUGCUUUGGACGAGCUUAUGUGUUUGAAGAGGCUGUUGGUUGGGAGUAUUAACCUUUCAGAUGACUCUCAGACUGUUGGGGAGAAUGGAGGGGCGGGGCCUGAAAGUCAGGAGACAGAUGGAUUUCAAUCAACAGUGGAGGAAUCCAUUGUAGAUGAAGGAGUGCAAGGAAAGGAUGGUGGGAGAGAUGGUGGGAAUAAAGGAGAAGAAAGAGGGAUCAGUGCUCCUCUAGUGCUGUCUCAGGAACGCAUGGAGGAGGUGCAGAGACGACUACAGGCUCUCGAGGAGCAACUUAAAAGACUGCAGACUGUUGAGGAGGACCAUCAUAAGUUGCAAGAACUCCUUGCUAAAUAUUCACUUCAGGGGGGCCAUUUCAACUGAGAAACUCCACAACCUGCUGUUACAAGAUAACUGUAUGUGCUGGACUCGAGUGUGAGAGUUGCUUUCGGGGGAUACACUGAUUGACUAAAGCUGCCUGAAUUUCCCUGCUCUAUCCAUUCCCUCUUCUCAACCGUCCUUUCAGAAGAAUUACAUCAGGCCUCAGGCAGUUUCCAAGCCACUGAGAAACGAAAUAGAGUGCUUGUUGUGAAAUUAUAGUAAUCCUUGAGCAUGAAUGAGUGGGUAUGUGUUUCGCAUUGAGGUAUGAGAGAGUGACAGUCUUGCCAAAAGAUGCCAAAGAAAUGUGCAAACACCUAGAGAGAGAUCAGAGUGAAAUGCUGAGUGUGCAUGUGAAGGCAUUAUAAUACAAAUAUGCGUACACACACACACACACACACACACCCAAUGGAAAACCUAAGCAUGUCAAAAGUAGUUUAGUGCCAAGAGACUACAGAAAGUAUAGUUGCAUCUCUAUAAAUACACAGUGCUUCAUCAAUCUCAAAUGUAGCCUGCUGCUGUGACAGAUGAUUCAGUCAGGUUUUUAAUCAGGUUAUUCUAACAGAUAAUGUGCCGUUUCUUUUAGUGUUGAAAUCAACAGAGAACAGCCAUACCCAAAAUAUUUUGUCAAAACCUAUUUUUUUAACAUUUAAUAUAUAUAUAUAUAUAUAUAUAUAUAUAUAUAUAUAUAUAUAUAUAUAUAUAUAUAUAUUACCAUGCUAUUAAUGCAUCUAUUUUCAAUAUUAAUGUAUAUUGAAAUAGAUAUAAGUAGAUUUCCUAGCAGAGUAUUACUCUGUAGUAGCAUGCAUUGGCCAAACUGUAGUAAUGUUGCAAUCAAUUUAACCAUGUUUUGUUAGUUAAAUGGGAUUCUCUGUCUUCCUACCAGACCAUCUGUUAUUGCUCUGUGAACAAGAGAAAAGAACAGAAAAUUACUAAGUAGAAUAGAUCGAUAGAUACUAGAUGAGGAAAGGAAGUGAAGGAGAGGUUUUUGGAUGAGAUGAAACUGAUUUAAGACGUGCCUAACCUUACAGAGUGAAACUGAGAAGGCUAUUGCAAGGUUUGAUCCUGAGAGAUGUAGUGAGGCUUUGAUACUGUGGAAGUGUAUAUAUACAGUGUGUGUAUAUAUAUAUAUAUAUAUAUAUAUAUAUAUAUAUAUAUAUACAUAUAUACACACACACACACAAAGAAUGUAGCAGUUCAAAUGUCAGAAAUGCAGGCUAGCUUGCAUGUACAUCCAAACAUCUGUGUUAUUAUAGCAUAUGAAGCCUGCACAAUGUUUACCGUACUCUAAAGCAGAUGUUGUUCAUUGAUUUGAUAGUACUCUGGUAGGUAGACAUGGAUCAUAUUAAACAUUGUCUGUUUGCAUGUGAAUCUAUGCAAAAACAUGAGAUGUCUGUAAAAGGCAUCAGUCAUUUCCAAUGCCAGAAAAAUUGGGGGUUAGUUGAGAAAUAUAUGGUGAAACGAGAGAGUUGUUUGUCUUAUUUGGAUUUUAUUGUUUAAUACAGUUACAAAUUGAAUGCAGUAGUUAUAUAUGCUUGAUUUGUCCAAAUAUUUUUUUUCUGCAAUUGAUUUUAAGUGUCAUUGUUUCUCAAUAUUUUAGAGAGUAGUUUUGUCAGCCUUUUAUCAUAAAGCAGGACCAAAGCGAUAAACCUCAGAUGACAGUGGAACAAAGUUUAUAUAUGAUAACACAGAUCAGCUGUAAAUGGAAAUAUGACACACUGGGCUGAAAAGGGGGACCAAUCCAGUCAUCCACUCCUCUCCAAACUUUGAGUGCUAUAAACAUUUGAAUUGCUGGAUCAACCCACAAAAUGAUGUGAAAAUGUAGUGGCUUUUAAUCCUAUUUAAGACCGAAGGAAUCAAAAGUUGAUUUAAAAAGGAACUACUGUAUUAUAGAGAAGUACCUUUGUCCUCAUUUAACCUAACCUUAAUUCUUCAGCUUAUGGGAGCAACUCGUCCUCUUUCAGCCCCUUAAAACGUAACAAGACCACAGAGGAUCAGGCACUUCUGGGGGUUUUAAAAUGAGGAGUUCAUCUCAGAGUUUGGAGAUGGGAACACAAACAGUGGGUUUUCUCACCAGUACUGUAAUUAUUUUCAUGAUCUCAUGCAGCAUGCAUCCAUGAUGCUACUGCAACUGAUUUUUGUACCCACAACUCACUGUCUAGUUAUGCAACUUAUUCUACCUUUGUUUGCUUUUGUAGUGUGAUUUAUAUUGGUUGGUUUCAAGUUGUAUUUGUGUUGCUAUUUUGUUUUUCAACAAGGCCUGUUCUCCUUUUCCUACUCUUUCCUCAAUAGUUUACAACAGUUUUACGGGCAAUAGACUUACUUUAGGUCUUAUGAGAAAUUGGUUUACUCUAAAAUUUGAAGUCUCCCUUUCUGGCCUUCACUUGAAAGGAACCAGUGAUGUUGGCCCUAGUACCUGGCAAUCAGUGCUGUAUGUUUACUUUUUUAUAUUAUUCGCUUUUAGAAGUUGCAAAUUUUAGUUUACAGAUUGGUAAUGAAACUACUAUGGCACAAGAUCUGUUCUCUCACUUUAUCACCCGACUUGAAGCUUGAAUGAGUGGUUAAAUGGUUUCAUUUUGUUCUGUUAUUUUAAUUUUGUAUUACACCAUGUACAAUGCAUUGCAUAUUAUAACAAUGGGGAAUGAGAGAGAAACAAAGGACAUCCUUAACCAGACUAACCUUAAAAGGCAUUACUCAAUCACUUAAAUGGCAAGAGUGAGUUGCUGUUGAUAUUGACUACAAAUUUACAUGAAAAAUUUUCAGUUUUCACCAUGACAAUUGAUCAAACUGUGUUUUGGGUGUCAUUCUCUCUCUCUCGUUCUCUCUCUCUCUCUCUCUCUCUCCUUGUACUUUUGAUAAUGUUUCUAUCUAAUCAUAAUAGUGGUAUUAGCUGUAUGUUUAAAUGUAUUUAUAGGGUGCCUUAUGCAGAUGUGUUUUUCUUUUUUUGUGUGUGUGUCUGAAGGGCUCUUUUAAGCCUGCUGGCAAGCAGUGGCAUUUUUUCACUCUGGCAAUGUUCAGUGUUAAAUGCAUAGGGCAAAUCUGAUAUGCUGUAAACUCACCCUCCUUAAGUGCAAUGUGUUAACUGGCUCAUGCCCACCAAAUGAUAAUAGUUCAACCAGUUUGUUAUUCUUAUUAAAACUGACUUUUACACCCACAGCAAUUUGGUGAAGUUCUGAAAGAUUUGUUAGAAUGCUUUUUUAAAUCCUCAGCCACCCUUGUCUGCCUUUUAUGUAAUAAACUGUACAGGAGUCCACUCAAUACAGGCAUUCUAUUGCUGUCUGUCUAUAUAAAUGAUUAUGCAAGGACUAUUCUGUGUAUUUGGGCUUUGAUUUUAUAUGUAUGAUACUGAAGUCAAAUGUAGGUACGUUUUUCUUUUUUGUUUUUAUUAUAAUUGUUCUCUCUUUUUUUUUUUUUUU